AUGCCCGCCAAUCGAGCUGCCUAUGUCGUGGCCCAAGGGAAACCGCUAGAGGUCAGAGAAGCGCCGUACACUUCACCCGGAUCCAACGAAGUCGUCGUCAAGAAUGCUGCUGUUGCCAUCAACCCCGUGGACUGGCUACUUCCCAAUGUAGUCAGCAUGUUUGGCCCACACGUCAAGCUGCCAUUCGUUUUCGGCGACGACUGCGCGGGCACCGUCGUCGAAGUCGGACAAGGAGUUACCAAUCUCAAAGUGGGCGAUCGUGUGCUUGGAUUAGCUGUUAGCUUUGACAAGCGCUCCAAUAAGGCUAGUGAGGGCGGAUUCCAGGAGCAUGUCGUGCUGAGAACAACUCUUACGACCAAGAUACCGGACUGGAUGUCUUUUGAGUCUGCAUCGGUCAUACCGCUUGGUCUAGCAACUGCUGCUUGUGGAUUGUUUCUGGAGGACUUUCUGGGUCUUCAGCUUCCUACCGCCCCUGAGCCGCAGAAGCCUAUCGGCAAGACUGUAAUCAUCUGGGGAGGAAGCACAAGUGUUGGAUGCAACGCCAUCCAACUCGCCGUCGCUGCAGGAUACGAAGUCAUAUCCACAGCCUCACCCAGAAACCACGAGUACCUGAAGAGCCUAGGCGCCAGCGAAGUCUUCGACUACAACAGUCCCACCGUAGUGCAAGACAUCGUAAGCACCAUGAACAACAAACACCGCAUCUCUGCCGGCGCAUAUGCCAUCGGCGUUGGCUCCCUCCACGCCUGCAUCGACAUUCUCAGCAAGACCAAAGGCAAAAAGUUUGUUGCUCAAGUCAGCCACGACAUCCCCAUGAAAGACUUUCCGACCAGACUCCCCACCUUGAUGUGGUUGAUGGGAAGCAGCUUUAUCAGCUGGAAACUCAAGAGUUUCACCAAGAGUGUUGGGUAUAAGUUUGUCUGGGCAACAGAUGUCAUGGCUAAUAAACUUGGUGCGGAGAUGUAUGAGAAAUUCUUGCCUGUCGCUUUGAAGGAGAAGUCGUUCGUGCCGGCUCCGGAGUUUCAGGUGGCUGGGAAAGGGCUUGAGGGGAUUGAGGAUGCGUUUGCGGUUGCGAAGAAGGGUGUUAGUGCGAAGAAGAUUGUUGUUAGCUUAUAA